GCGGCGCGGUGCUUGGCGGGAAGGGAAGCUGUAGCCGGAGUGACAGAUCGCGCUCAGCACGUGGUGUCGCUAUGAGUAAAGAGAAGCCGUGGGGCAGCCCGCUCCGGGCCCCGGCCUGCAUGGACAUACAGCUGGAGGCAUGCCGCUACCGGAAAGAUGGAGCAUUGCUUCUAGCUGCAUCGAACCUUAGUGGCCGCACCUGGGGAGGUUCCAUAUGGGUGUUCAAGGAUCCUCUUGGUGCACCUGUUGAAAGCCUUUGCACGUGUGGAGUCCAGACAGAAGCAGGUGUGAUUGAUGUGGCUUGGGUAUCGGACAGAGGAAUUCUGGUGGCAUCCGAUUCAGGUGCUGUGGAGUUCUGGGACAUUCUGGAGAAUGAGUCUUUGUUGGUGAAUAAAUUUACCAAAUACGAGCACGAUGACAUUGUAACGUCUUUAAGCAUUUUCACUGAUGGGACACAGGCUGUAAGUGGAAGCAAAGAUUUCAGUGUAAAAGUAUGGGACCUCUCUCAGAAAGCACUUCUAAAGUCAUUCAAAGCACAUUCCGACCAGGUUACAUGUGUAGCAGCUUGCCCUGGCAAGGAGACCAUCUUCCUGUCUUGUAGUGAGGAUGGUCGUGUUUUAUUGUGGGAUACAAGAAACCCAAAGCCUGCCACUCGGAUCAACUUUUUUGCCUCUGACCUCUUUCCUACCUCAAUUACAUGGCAUCCGGACAAGGACGACCAUUUUGUUUGCGGUGAUGAAAAUGGAAAUAUUUUCAGCGUUAACCUGAAAAGCCCCGAUUCUGCCCAGACCCUGACUGUUCAUUCCCAAGCCAUCACAGCACUAGAGUACUCAAAGCACAGUACUCCUUUAUUGGCCUCUGUGAGCGAAGAUUGUUCGGUGGCGGUACUUGACUCCAGUUUUACAGAAAUCUUCAGGGACCAAUCUCACAGAGAUUUUGUGACUGGUGUGGCAUGGUCACCCCUCGAUCAAUCAAGCUUCACUACUGUUGGCUGGGACCACAAAGUGCUUCACCACAGACUCCCCAAAGAGACAAGUCCCAAGUCCCCUACUGAAAAGGAGGAGCAAGAUUAAUGCAGGAAGAGAUCGGACUGAUAUUAGAAUAGAAGGUGUAGACCAAGCCCAAUCUUGGUAUUUCCUCUGCCAGUUAACAAUUACCUGUUUAUUCCUACCUUAUUUUUCUUUAUUUUAUUCACGCAAGAGUUGCGUUCUCUCCAGUACGUUUUCUAUCUAAGUGUACGUUCCAUGUUGACAAUGAAUACUCGUUGAUGGUUUUGCUUGGCGUUUCUUGGAAAAGGAAUUGUUAAUAAACCCUUGUAUGAAAUAGUAGGCAGGCGUUAUAGUUGUUUGUAAGUUACAUUUGUUUUUUUGUAGCAAUGACAUAAAAAAAAUGAAAUUAAAUAUUUCUGUCCAGUG